GACAGCAGAGCAAAGUAAUCAUCCGUGUCGUGUGUCAGGUGAAAAAUCUCCGAAAAUGAUGGCUUUUUUCCAAACUUUGUGCAUUUAAUUGCAUUUUACCGAAUUUAAAACGUCUCCUCAGUGUUUUACUUCGUCGAAAACUGCACAGGAUUCGCUGAUAAUAAGAUCGGUGAUAACAUUGAGUAUCGUGCGAUAAAUAAUUAACCAUGUCUUCGUCUGCAAUUUUUAUUUUGGACGCCAAAGGGAAAGUGUUGAUUUCACGCAACUACCGUGGCCAUAUCGAUAUGAGUGUGAUCGACAAGUUUAUGCCGCUGCUGAUGGAAAAGGAAGAAGAGGGCUUGAUCACUCCGAUUCUGCAAACACCAGAAUGCACCUUUGCGUACGUCAAGACCAACAACCUGUACCUAGUUUCGGUAACCCGCAGCAAUGCUAAUAUAGCGCUGGUUUUUGUGUUUCUUCACAAGGUGGUGCAAGUUUUUACUGAGUAUUUUAAGGAGCUCGAAGAAGAAAGCAUUCGCGACAAUUUUGUCGUUAUUUACGAACUGCUGGAUGAGUUGAUUGAUUUCGGAUACCCGCAAACCACGGAUAGUAAAAUCUUGCAGGAGUACAUUACGCAGGAGGGACACAAGUUGGAGAUUCAGCCGAGAAUCCCAAUGGCUGUGACAAAUGCUGUGUCAUGGCGUUCCGAGGGCAUCAAAUAUCGAAAGAACGAAGUUUUCUUGGAUGUUAUCGAGAGCGUCAACUUGCUUGCAAAUGCGAAUGGAAACGUGCUGCGGAGUGAGAUUGUGGGAGCAAUCAAGAUGCGUGUUUAUUUAUCUGGAAUGCCCGAGCUGCGGUUGGGUUUGAACGAUAAGGUACUGUUCGAGAGUACAGGCCGGGGAAAAUCUAAGUCUGUUGAACUGGAAGACGUAAAGUUUCAUCAGUGUGUACGAUUGUCUCGUUUCGAGAACGACCGCACGAUUUCAUUCAUUCCGCCGGAUGGUGAGUUCGAGCUGAUGUCCUACCGAUUGAAUACGCAUGUGAAGCCGCUGAUUUGGAUCGAGUCGGUUAUCGAGCGACACGCUCACAGCCGGGUUGAGUACAUGAUUAAGGCGAAGUCGCAGUUCAAGCGGCGUUCGACGGCCAACAACGUGGAGAUUGUCAUUCCGGUGCCGGCCGAUGCUGAUUCGCCCAAGUUUAAAACCACGAUCGGGAGCGUGAAGUACGCACCGGAACAGAAUGCCAUCACGUGGACGAUAAAAUCAUUUCCGGGCGGUAAGGAGUAUCUAAUGCGAGCACACUUUGGACUUCCCAGCGUCGAGUGUGAGGACACAGAAGGCAAGCCACCGAUUCAGGUUAAAUUUGAAAUUCCGUACUUCACCACAUCUGGUAUUCAGGUCCGCUAUUUAAAGAUUAUCGAAAAGAGUGGUUAUCAGGCACUGCCUUGGGUUCGUUACAUCACCCAGAACGGAGACUAUCAGCUGAGAACGAACUAAAAUUGAAGGCAUGCUAUUUUAAACAGAACGAUUGAUGCAAAUUGUGUAAAACGUCGAAAGUACAGCUGGCAAUUCGAACAGUAAUAAUCGCAACUAUAACCGACACGUUUCACAUUAAAUCAUCCAUUUUAUGUUUGUCUAGUUUUGGUUUUAGAAGACCCUCGUUAUGGUGCGACAAAAUGGGCAGUUAUCGAAAAAGAAUUAUCGACGAAGUAUUAAGAAUCAAAAGAAAGUUUACUUAUUCUUAUUUUAUUUGUAUUUAAUUAAUAGACAUUCGGUAUAUUUUCAUAGCCGCAAAACUUU